CAAGAUCGUCACCUGGAACGGACUACGGAACGACUUCCAAAAAAAUCCUCUGAAAGACGUUCCAGUGUUAGAUCUAUCUCCCUUGAUCGUCGGCAAGAACGAAGUGCUGAGCGCCUGUCACGAGAAUCCUCUGAACGGAGGUUACUUGCUAGCUCUUUGGAACAAGAUCGUCGCCAGGACCGGACUAUGGAACGACUUCCAAUGAAAUCCUCUGAAAGACGUUCCAGUGUUAGAUCUGUCUCCCAGGAUCGUCGGCAAGUACGAAGUGCGGAGCGCCUGUCUCGAGAAUUCUCUGAAUGGAGGUUACUUGCUAAGUCUUUGGAACAAGAUCGUCGCCUGGAACGGAAUGUGGAAAUACUUUCUAGGGAUGACUCUGGAAGACGAUCCACUUCUAGGUCUGUCUCCCUGGAUCGUCGACAAGAACGAAGUGCUGAACGUCUGUCUCGAGAAUCCUCUGAAAGGAGGUUACUUGCUAGGUCUUUGGAACAAGAUCGUCGCCAGGAACGGACUAUGGAACGACUUCCAACAAAAUCCUCUGAAAGACGUUCCACUGUUAGAUCUAUCUCCCUUGAUCGUCGGCAAGAACGAAGUGCUGAGCGCCUGUCUAGAGAAUCCUCUGAAAGGAGUCUACUUGCUAGGUCUUUGGAACAAGAUCGUCGCCAGGAAAAGACUAUGGGACGACUUCCAACAAAAUCCUCUGAAAGAUGGUCCAGUGUUAGAUCUGUCUCCCUGGAUCGUCGGCGAGAACGAAGUGCUGUGCUCCUGUCUCGAGGAUCCUCUGAACGGAGGUUACUUGCUAAGUCUUUGGAACAAGAGCGUCGCCAGGAACGGACUAUGGAACGACUUCCAACAAAAUCCUCUGAAAGACGUUCCACUGUUAGAUCUAUCUCCCUUGAUCGUCGGCAAGAACGAAGUGCUGAGCGCCUGUCUAGAGAAUCCUCUGAACGGAGGUUACUUGCUAGGUCUUUGGAACAAGAUCGUCGCCAGGAAUGGACUAUGGAACGACUUCCAAUGAAAUCCUCUGAAAGACGUUCCAGUGUUAGAUCUGUCUCCCUGGAUCGUCGGCAAGAACGAAGUGCUGAGCGCCUGUCUCGAGAAUUCUCUGAACGGAGGUUACUUGCUAGGUCUUUGGAACAAGAUCGUCGCCUGGAACGGAAUGUGGAAAUACUUUCUAGGGAUGACUCUGGAAGACGAUCCACUUCUAGGUCUUUCUCCCUGGAUCGUCGACAAGAACGAAGUUCUGAGCGCCUGUCUCGAGAAUCCUCUGAAAGGAGAAUACUUGCUAGGUCUUUGGGAGAAGAUCGUCACCAGGAACGGACUAUGGAACGACUUCCAAUGAAAUCCUCUGAAAGACGUUCCAGUGUUAGAUCUGUCUCCCUGGAUCGUCGGCAAGAACGACGUGCUGAGCGCCUGUCUCGAGAAUUCUCUGAACGGAGGUUACUUGCUAGGUCUUUGGAACAAGAUCGUCGUCUGGAACGGAAUGUGGAAAUACUUUCUAGGGAUGACUCUGGAAGACGAUCCACUUCUAGAUCUGUCUCCCUGAAUCGUCGACAAGAACGAAGUUCUGAGCGCCUGUCUCGAGAAUCCUCUGAAAGGAGAAUACUUGCUAGGUCUUUGGGAGAAGAUCGUCACCAGGAACGGACUAUGGAACGACUUCCAACAAAAUCCUCUGAAAGACGUUCCACUGUUAGAUCUAUCUCCCUUGAUCGUCGGCAAGAACGAAGUGCUGAGCGCCUGUCUAGAGAAUCCUCUGAACGGAGGUUACUUGCUAGGUCUUUGGAACAAGAUCGUCGCCAGGAAAGGAAUGUGGAGCGAACUUCUAGGGAUGACUCUGAACAACGAUCCACGUCUAAACCUGUCUCCCUGAAUCGUCGACAAGAAGGAAUUUCUGAACGUCUGUCACGAGAAUCCUCUGAAAGGAGGUUACUUGCUAGGUCUUACGAACAAGAUCGUCGCCAGGAAAGGAAUGUGGAGCGACAUUCUAAGGAUAAUUCUGAACGACGAUCCACUUCUAGGUCUGUCUCCCUUGACCGUCGACAAGAUCGAAGUGCUGAGCGCCUGUCUCGAGAAUCCUCUGAAAGGAGAUUACUUGCUAGGUCAUUGGAACAAGAUCGUCACCUGGAACGGACUACGGAACGACUUCCAAAAAAAUCCUCUGAAAGACGUUCCAGUGUUAGAUCUAUCUCCCUUGAUCGUCGGCAAGAACGAAGUGCUGAGCGCCUGUCACGAGAAUCCUCUGAACGGAGGUUACUUGCUAGCUCUUUGGAACAAGAUCGUCGCCAGGACCGGACUAUGGAACGACUUCCAAUGAAAUCCUCUGAAAGACGUUCCAGUGUUAGAUCUGUCUCCCAGGAUCGUCGGCAAGUACGAAGUGCGGAGCGCCUGUCUCGAGAAUUCUCUGAAUGGAGGUUACUUGCUAAGUCUUUGGAACAAGAUCGUCGCCUGGAACGGAAUGUGGAAAUACUUUCUAGGGAUGACUCUGGAAGACGAUCCACUUCUAGGUCUGUCUCCCUGGAUCGUCGACAAGAACGAAGUGCUGAACGUCUGUCUCGAGAAUCCUCUGAAAGGAGGUUACUUGCUAGGUCUUUGGAACAAGAUCGUCGCCAGGAACGGACUAUGGAACGACUUCCAACAAAAUCCUCUGAAAGACGUUCCACUGUUAGAUCUAUCUCCCUUGAUCGUCGGCAAGAACGAAGUGCUGAGCGCCUGUCUAGAGAAUCCUCUGAAAGGAGUCUACUUGCUAGGUCUUUGGAACAAGAUCGUCGCCAGGAAAAGACUAUGGGACGACUUCCAACAAAAUCCUCUGAAAGAUGGUCCAGUGUUAGAUCUGUCUCCCUGGAUCGUCGGCGAGAACGAAGUGCUGUGCUCCUGUCUCGAGGAUCCUCUGAACGGAGGUUACUUGCUAAGUCUUUGGAACAAGAGCGUCGCCAGGAACGGACUAUGGAACGACUUCCAACAAAAUCCUCUGAAAGACGUUCCACUGUUAGAUCUAUCUCCCUUGAUCGUCGGCAAGAACGAAGUGCUGAGCGCCUGUCUAGAGAAUCCUCUGAACGGAGGUUACUUGCUAUGUCUUUGGAACAAGAUCGUCCCCUGGAACGGAAUGUGGAGCGACUUUCUAGGGAUGACUCUGAAAGACGAUCCACUUCUAGAUCUGUCACCCUGAAUCUUCGACAAGAACGAAGUGCUAAACGUCUGUCUCGAGAAUCCUCUGAAAGGAGGUUACUUGCUAGGUCUUUGGAACAAGAUCGUCGACAGGAACGGACUAUGGAACGAGUUCCAACGGUAUCCUCUGAAAGACGUUCCACUGCUAGAUCUGUCUCCCUGGAUCGUCGACAAGAACGAAAUGCUGAACGCCUGUCUCUAGAAUCCUCUGAAAGGAGGUUACUUGCUAGGUCUUUGGAACAAGAUCGUCACCAGGAACGGACUAUGGAACGACUUCCAACAAAAUCCUCUGAAAGACGUUCCACUGUUAGAUCUAUCUCCCUUGAUCGUCGGCAAGAACGAAGUGCUGAGCGCCUGUCUAGAGAAUCCUCUGAAAGGAGAAUACUUGCUAGGUCUUUGGGAGAAGAUCGUCACCAGGAACGGACUAUGGAACGACUUCCAAUGAAAUCCUCUGAAAGACGUUCCAGUGUUAGAUCUGUCUCCCUGGAUCGUCGGCAAGAACGACGUGCUGAGCGCCUGUCUCGAGAAUUCUCUGAACGGAGGUUACUUGCUAGGUCUUUGGAACAAGAUCGUCGUCUGGAACGGAAUGUGGAAAUACUUUCUAGGGAUGACUCUGGAAGACGAUCCACUUCUAGAUCUGUCUCCCUGAAUCGUCGACAAGAACGAAGUUCUGAGCGCCUGUCUCGAGAAUCCUCUGAAAGGAGAAUACUUGCUAGGUCUUUGGGAGAAGAUCGUCACCAGGAACGGACUAUGGAACGACUUCCAACAAAAUCCUCUGAAAGACGUUCCACUGUUAGAUCUAUCUCCCUUGAUCGUCGGCAAGAACGAAGUGCUGAGCGCCUGUCUAGAGAAUCCUCUGAACGGAGGUUACUUGCUAGGUCUUUGGAACAAGAUCGUCACCAGGAACGGACUAUGGAACGACUUCCAACAAAAUCCUCUGAAAGACGUUCCACUGUUAGAUCUAUCUCCCUUGAUCGUCGUCAAGAACGAAGUGCUGAGCGCCUGUCUCGAGAAUCCUCUGAACGGAGGUUACUUGCUAAGUCUUUGGAACAAGAUCGUCGCCAGGAACGGACUAUGGAACGACUUCCAAUGAAAUGCUCUGAAAGAUGUUCCACUGUUAGAUCUGUCUCCGUUGAUCGUCGGCAAGAACGAAGUGAUGAGCGCCUGUCUCGAGAAUCCUCUGAACGGAGGUUACUUGCUACGUCUUUGGAACAAGAUCGUCCCCUGGAACGGAAUGUGGAGCGACUUUCUAGGGAUGACUCUGAAAGACGAUCCACUGCUAGAUCUGUCUCCUUGGAUCGUCGGCAAGAACGAAAUGCUGAACGCCUGUCUCUAGAAUCCUCUGGAAGAAGGUUACUUGCUAGGUCUUUGGAACAAGGUCGUCGCCAGGUACAGACUAUGGAACGACUUCCGACGAAAUCCUCUGAAAGACGUGCCACUGUUAUAUCUGUCUCCAUGGAUCGUCGGCAAGAACGAAGUUCUGAGCGCGUGUCUCGAGAAUCCUCUGAAAGAAGUGUAAUUGCGGCCUCUUUGGAACAAGAUCGUCGCCAGGUACGGAAUAUGGAACUAGUUUCUAGGGCUGCCUCUGAAAGACGGUCUACUGUUAUAUCUGCCUCCCUGGGUCGUCGACAAGAAGAUAGUGCUGAUCGUCUGUCUCGAGAAUCCUCUGAAAGAAGGUUACUUGCUAGGUCUUUGGCACAAGAUCGUCGCCAGGUACGGAAUAUGGGACGACUUUCUAGGGGUGCCUCUGAAACACGAUCGACUUUUAGGUCUGUCUACCUGGACCGUUGGCAUGAACGAAGUGCUGAGUAUCGUUCUCGAGAGUCGUCUGAAAGGAGUCUACUUGUGAGAUCUUUGGAGCUAGAUCUUCGCCAGGUAGGAAAAAUGCAACAGCUCUCAAAGGAUACUUCAGAGAGGCUAUCAACUACCAGAUCUGUCUCCCUGGAUAUUCGGCAAGAAAGAAGAGCUGAACGUUUGUCUCGUGAAUCCUCUAGUAGGCACUCACUUGCCUGGUCUUCAUCGCUGGAUCGUCGCCAAGAGCGUAAUAUUGUGGUACAUGCUGAAGAUUCUUCUAGGAAGCAUCGUUAUCAAUGGACUGGAGUUCGUUUGUCGAGAGCCAUCUCACACAAGCGAUCAGUGAUUAAAUCUGACCUAAUCAGUCUCAGUCAGCGGCGGAACGUGGAUCUGCUUCGGAAGCAAUCUCUUGUUAGACUAGCAACGUCUCUGCCUCUUUCAGGAGAUCGACUAAAUCGUCGUCUGCAGAAGGAGCUAACGCUGAGCUCUGGACGACGACUCACGAGUUCCUCCUUAUUUAUGGAUCGAAGAACAGAUGCUGCUUCUGUUAUGAGUUAUUUACCAGCUGGUCGACAGAACCAGGCGGGCGACAUUGACGGAUCAGCAGUUUCAGACACCAGGAGUACCGCUGAUAAUACACGGGCAGCCGCCAUAUUCCUACCAAAGACUGAGUCCUUCAGCUGGGGACGCUUACCGCUCGACAUUAACCUCUGGAUCGCCUCUAUCGUGUUAAUCCUGAUUCAAUGGAUGGACCACUCGCAGAAAGGGGUGCAGAGACACUGGAGUGUGGACGAAUCCGCGAGCGAGGCUUCGUCUGGGAAGAUGAACUGGGACGGAGUUGGCAGGAGCCUGUGGCAGCUGGCCGGAGGCGGCACCGCCUCCGCGCUGUCCGCCGCCUGAGCCGCCCCCGACGCCACCUCUCCGCCCCCGACGCCGCCUCCAGCCUCGCCGCUAGUCGCCGCCAGCCGAGCCGUAGUGCAGACCCCAGCAGACGCUUCUAGGGACCACACUCGUAUACAAAGACGAGAAUAAAUUAUUUUUCUGCAAAGAAAAAAAAAAUAUUUUUAUUUCGAGGAUAAAGUGUCUGUUCACUGAUUUGUAACAUCAGACUUUUAUCGAUCUGUUACUGUGUUAAUCGACAAUGUAUUUUACAGUUCGUUGUAGUGUAGAACCAAGAAACGUAGUUAAUAUUCAGAUUACGAGUAGUUCGUGUAGCGCUAGCUAGAACAUUCCUGUAUAUUCCACCUGUAUACUGCUGUGACAAAUUCUCCUGUACCUGUCAUGUGGUAAA